AGGUAAAUGUCGUUGUUGCUCCUACUGUAAGGCCACGGCCGACUGCUUCUCGCAUCCUUGUCCGUCUAGACCUAGUGAGGCAUGCGAUGGCCAGUGAGCGCGCCGGCGCCCAGGGUAGCGACCGCAGCCGCCGCAGCAGCCGCAGCGACCGUGGGUAGCGAGGGCGAGAGCUGUGGCGCGCCAGCCAUGAUGGAGUCGCCGCACCUGUGCCUGCUGUACGUGGCCACGGCCGGCCAACAGGGCCCCGCGCUCGGCGCCGACGAGGAGGAGGUCGUGCUACUCGCCUACGUCAUGAUAGACCUCAGUCUCAACAAGGUUGUGGGCGUGAACCAGUACCUGGUGAAGCCUCGGACGGCGGACAUCAACGAGAAUGUGCUGUCGGAGCAGCUGGUGCAGGAGACGAGGCUCACGGAGGAGCUCGUCAAGAGCGGCCAGCCGCUGGAGGCCGCCAUCCAGGCGUUCGACCAGUACGCGCGCACGACGUUCCACCUGGGGCCGACGCCGCACUCGCUGCGGCUGGUGACGGACGGGCAGCUGCCGCUGCGCCAGUGCCUCCACCCGGAGGCCUGCUCCAAGGGCAUCGAGCUGCCUUCCUACUACAACUACUUCUUCGACCUCCGCAAGGAGUUCCACACCUUCUACGCCGCCACCAAGGAGAUAAAUUCCAUCAGCGACAUGGUGAAAUAUCUCAGCAUGGUACCGGAAACGGAAGCUGGCGACUUCUACGUGCGGGAGGUGAAGGAUAUGGUUAACAUCACCAUGAGGCUUCUCGCAGACGGUCAUAAGUUCGAGGAGCCAGAAGUGAUCAACCUUCGCCUGGAACCUGGAAUAUGCUCCAAGAAUGAGGAGGUGGACAACAACUGCGUGGUGAGAGCGCGCGGCCUGCCGUGGCAGUCGUCGGACCAGGACAUCGCCAAGUUCUUCAGGGGACUAAAUGUCGCCAAAGGCGGCGUCGCACUGUGUCUGAGCCCGCAAGGCAGGCGGAACGGAGAGGCUUUGGUGCGCUUCGUAAACCAGGAGCACAGAGACAUGGCCCUCAAAAGGCACAAGCACCACAUCGGCAACCGCUACAUCGAGGUCUACCGCGCCUCCGGCGAGGACUUCAUCAACGUCGCGGGAGGCAACAACAACGAGGCUCAAGCGUUCCUGUCCAGAGGCGGGCAAGUCAUCGUCAGGAUGAGGGGUCUGCCUUACGACUGCACCGCGAAGCAAGUCCUGGAGUUCUUCGAGUCUGGCGAGAACUCGUGCAAGGUGAUGGACGACGAGGAGGGCGUGCUGUUCGUGAAGAAGCCCGACGGGCGGGCCACGGGCGACGCGUUCGUGCUGUUUGCGCAGGAGGAGGACGCGGCCAAGGCGCUCAGCAAGCACCGCGAGCUCAUCGGCUCGCGCUACAUCGAGCUCUUCAGGAGCACCACGGCCGAGGUGCAGCAGGUGUUGAAUCGAUCUAUGGAUCCUAAAACGUAUGAGCAGCAACAGCCACUAAUAGCACAAAUUCCACAAGUGCCUUUGCUCCCUCAGCACAUUAUUACUUCCGGGACUCGGAAAGACUGCAUAAGACUGCGAGGGCUUCCAUAUGAAGCUCAGGUUGAACAUAUACUGGAAUUUCUUGGAGAACAUGCCAAAAGUAUUGUCUUUCAAGGGGUCCAUAUGGUCUAUAAUGCACAGGGUCAACCGUCUGGCGAGGCAUUCAUCCAGAUGGACUCGGAGCAAAGUGCAUUCCUGUCGGCACAGCAGAAACACCACCGCUACAUGACGUUCGGCAAGAAGCAGCGGUACAUCGAAGUGUUCCAGUGCUCUGGGGAAGAUAUGAACUUGGUGCUGACAGGAGGCAUCCCAACAAGUGCUGUAUCACCGGCCAAGGCGGCAGCCUUGCUGUCCCCCGGUAUGUUGCCCCACCCUCAUACUCCGACACACGCUCUGCCACCAGCCCUCCCUCCACCACAGGCUGUUCCCGCAGGCCCGAUUGCGUGGGAAACUCACCCCCUCAUUGUGGCAGCUGCGGCAGCUCACCGUGAUCCCCUCUGGCUUAUGAAUCAGUUAGCUGCAGCACAACACCAACAGCAACAGCAGCAGCAAGUGCAACAGCAACAGCUUGUAGCUGCAAUAGCAGCAGAUGCUCACGUUCAUGUGCAGGCACAAGCACAAGCCCAUGUUCAGGCAGCAGCCGCAGCUGCGGCAGCAGCGGCUGCAGUUGCCAAACGUGCGUGGGGCGAAAUGAAUGGUGGGGGUGUAGGUGGACCGACAGCGGUCUCUGGACCUGGGCCCUCCACUCCCGCAUUACCCCCUCCUCCGACCAGUGCUAAGGCAGCCCUACACACGCCUACCGGAGCAGUUUAUGCGCCAUUGAUUCAUCACGCUUCUCCAUUCCCUGGCACUUCACCUGCUAUGACUUCGGGUCUCGUUUUUCUGAACGUUCCACCGAGAUUGCCAGUGGCUCUCCAGGCACAGGCUGCAACACCUGCACCUUCUGCUCCAAGUCCUUAUAAAGCUGCAGCCCCUCCUCAGUACCCUCCACCCCAAGCACCUGCUCAACACCCACCGCCGCCUCACGGCAUGUUGCCUCAGUUGGUAUCAGGCCCAGGAAUGGGUGCUGCAGCUGCACUUGUGGGCUUAAAACGGUCCUGGGAGCAAGCUUUCCCUGCAGACCUUCAGGGAGCAGGAGUGAAACGCCAGUGGCAGCCACCGACAAGUGGUGCUACGACAGUUUUCCAUCCACAAGGCUCUGUGCCCCACCCUGCUGCUGCUAUGGCAUACCAGACACCAUUUUAUUCAGCAUUGUGAUAUUAAUAUGGCAUAUAAAUACAGAGAGAUGGCAGAAAUGAAAUUCUCGCUUUUUUUGUGUUCAUUCCUCCCGCAGGACAGAAAUGUUGAGGAGGGAAGGUUGGAUAUAGAAUAAAGAAUUGCAGAUUUGUGUGCCAAUUGUUUCUCUGAGAUGAGGUGUAAAUUGCAGACGUUUAAACUUCGUGCCUACUCAUUUGCAAUAUUUGGGUAAUCAAUUUACGAAUAGCUGAUGGUUGAGACAAGUGUACCUGAAAGAUAUCACCUCUUGUGAUACGUUGUUUAGCAUUCUUGUCUCUAUGUGUCUGCAUUGAUAAACUGGUAUGUUUAAAAGGGUGUAGGUGAACUUUUAAACAUAAAUUUUACAUGUCCGUCCAAAUAGUGUGUUCGAAAUAAGUGUUACUUGACCAUGACAUGUAGGGAGUGGUUAUUUUGGUAUAAAUGUUUCUCCUAAAAAUGGAAGUGUGCAGAUAUUAAAUAAUGUGUACUUUCAUGACUCCUCUUUUGGUCUGAGGCUAUUUAUCAUCUCCAGAUACAACAAAAUAGCUGUAUCGUAAUGAACUUUUUGUUGUAGUAUGAGGAAGGAAACAAUGGUUCAUCAAACAUUCCAAUUAGAAUUUUGAUAGGUUGUGUCCAGAAAAAAAGGAAUUCCUGUUUUAAGUGGAUUAUGUUACUCUGACCAGUUUGUUAUUUGUAGAGAUUAUACUGUACUUAACAUUCCUCGAAUAGAACGAACAGAUUUUAGUUCCGUUCUGCAUAAUGUUUAUUAUUUCAUUUUUCAAGAGAUUUUCAAAUCAUGUUUCACAAGGUCCUUAAGAGGUCUUUGGUGUGUGUAGUGGCUAGAAACAAAAUAAUAAUUAUUCUAUUGUUAUUGUUAUAAUUGCACUGAAGUGAGGCCAGGAUAGUUCCCUUAUUAACGAUGGAGCUAGGAGCAUACUUUUGACUAUUGCCAUUCCAUCUUCAAAGCCAUUCCAGUUUUGGCCCCCUUUAGUUCUUCACAUUGAUGUAACUUGGUCUUGGUUAUAAGCCUGAUUGUCUCAACUCCAUAGACAAAACUUCUCUUGGAGCUGUAGUGACCCUACAAUAGUGAUAAAGUUCAAUGAAACACUCCUGUUGUCACACUUUUCUUGAAUCAGAGAUAUUCCUCUUGAUUAGUACUUCCCAGAUGUUCUGAAUGUCAGCCUGAGGCAGCUGUAUAACAGUGUUCCUGAAAAUGUGGACCUUACACCUAUUUUGUUAUGCAUUUAACAAAGUCAAUUAAUAAGAAUAUUUUAUUUUUUUGUACAUAAUCCUUCAUUUAGCAUAAGAUCUCUUCUAUCAGCGCUGUCUGCCUUUCUACCGCUUUCUAAAUAGAUUAGUAAUUACAUCAAAGUAGCUUGGACUUUUUGUGUGCUAGAAAGUGAAUGCACUUCUUACUGGUCAGCUCUUCAGCUGUAUAACAAGACAGUACAAAAUAUGACUGAUACAAAUUACAUUUUCAGCUUGGGUCUUCCUUAUGCUAACAAGACAUUUGCCCAAGUAAGAGUUCCUUGUGUUUUUAUAUAUAAAUAUAUAUGUGAAUUGGGUACGAAACUGCCUCCUAUUUAAUGUGGAACAGGUGACUUAAUGUUAAAUUUGUGGUUUCAUGCUCCUGACUCUUAUCACACUGUGCCUUAAUAUUAACUACUUCUAACCUUAAUUAAUAUUGUACUCUAUAUAGUAUUUUUUAUGUAAACCUUUAAUGGCCAAGGAUUCCAUGUCGUUCUCUUCUCCAACCAUCCCAUUCGGUAACAACAACCAAUUCUUUAUCAACUGCAAUUUGUCCUUGUGCUUUUAUCCUCUCAUGUGGGAUUGCCAUGUGCCUCUUUUUUUUUUCUUCUUCUUUUAGAUAGUUUACGAAAGAUUUACUUUGUGUCAUUAAUGAGUUGUCAGACUGGAGAUUUCACACAGAGAACAAUGGAAAAUAAGACUAGUGUCUUCAGGACUUCCUUACAGUGAGUUAUUUCCAUUGCCCUUCCCUCAUUCAGGCUGCUGAACUGUUUCAUUCAGAAUAAUUAUUAGUGGCUGUGACAGUACCGUGAUUUGGGGAAGGAAAUCUUCCAUGGUAAAACUUUUGAGACAGACAAUCUGCACAUUGUUUUAAUGAAUGCCAGUAGUUUAUAGGGGAAAUGUAAAUCAGUAGUCUUAUAUGUUGAGUUCUAAAAUUUAUGACAAUAUAAGCCUUAUUUUUUUUUUUUUAAUCUGUGUGCACGGCAUGCCAUUAUUGUCUCAUUUGAUAUAUUUAUAUAUGAAAAUUGUAAAAUUUUUGUGAAAAUUAUUGUUAAAAUAGUUCGUUUUGAGCAAUUUAGUUGUGUAAUGGUGCUGGAAGGGGUGCAGCUGUUAAAAUUUCUGUAUGAUCUUCAUUGGCUCUGGGUUCUAAAGACAUGUUUUCAUGGUCUGUUAGCAUGUUUGAUAUGUAUGGUUCACAUUUUGUAAUAAUAGUCAAGGAAUUGAAUACUUAAAUAUGUAUGUCUGUCCACAGUGGCUGCUCAGUUGUUUCAUACUGCUUCAGUCUUAACCCAUCUAGCUUUGGUAUUAACCCACCUAUAGUGUUGAUAGUGGUUGUUAUUUCACUGUGUUUAAGAAAUAGCACACAGUGCAUUUUUGACAGCAGUAUUUUCAUUAUUUAUGUUGUCAGUGAUAAUAGAUAGCUCCCAGCAUUCCAAACGGCAAGACCAAGAAACUAGAAUGAUGUCUGUUCAAUGACUUCUGCCAGCAUUUCAAAAUUACCAAAUUAUCUUUAUUUCUGAUAAAAUGCUCUGGGUGUUACAUUAGUAUGUGUGAACCAUACAUUCCUUAACAUGCAAUUUCUUGCCAGAUGCUGACAUAUAUCCUUCAUAUAGUACUUAAAGUUAUUUCUGUUCUUCAACAGAGGCAAUCAUUUUGAAGCUUUUAUGUGAAUUGGAAACUUGUGUAGAGAAAAUGAAAGUGUCAUCAUUUUUUUUAUUUGAAAUGUUGUAAAGGACAUUAAGUGAUUUUUCUAAAUGUUUUUGUUCUUUGUUUGGUUACAGCACUGUGUCUUGUUGUACUGCUUAUUAUUUUCACAUGUGACAUACCAUCCUCAUAUUUAAAGACAGGGGUGCAUUUUACUUCAUAAGUGGUAAAGUUGGGAAGUGUAUACACAAGAACUAGUAGCUUUGUAUUUUGUAGCGCAUUUUUUCCUUAUUAAUAUGGUAUUUUGUUUAGUUGCCUAUGUUUUUGUUCUAUUUGGCUUUCGCUAGAAACACUUGUGGGGUCAGCUUAUCAUGUGUCAUUGUUGAUUUUUUCCCUUUCCUGCACCAUGGUUUGCACAGAUGGUUUCUUGUAGAGAAAGAGUUUUGACUUGGUUGGUAAACAGUUUGACUUUCCCCAUUUAAUAAUUUUGAUAUUUAUGAGGAAAGUUACAAACAGAAUUGUGGUGGUGGGACCGAGUGCAUGGUUUUCUUUCUUCUUUUUUUAAUUAAGUGACACACACACACACAGACAUCCAUAUUUUUCUAAUGCACAUGAUGAAUAAUUUUUGCAAAUACACUCAUACAUGGCAUUAUGGAGAAGCUGCAAAGAACAGAGAGGAAAGUUGUAGCUUACUUCUACCAAAAAUAUAUAAUAAGAUUAUUUUUUAAAAAUUAUGUGUAGAGACCUAUUAAAUGAUUGCUUUUGCAAUUAAAACAGUUACUGGAAGGAGAAUCUGCUGAGAAGACACUCUCACAGAAGAAAAAUCCCUCAUUAGUCAAAACUCUUUCACACAAUAUUUGCUACAUUUAAAGAAUUUUCACUAACUCUUGGCAGCUAACUUCUCUCAGUUUAUGUUACUGAGAGGCUAAGAAGGUGGACAGAAAUGUUCAUUGAGAAUGCUUCUCUCAUUCUUGUCUGCGUGUCCUUUUUUUUCUAGCGAGAGUUUAAAUGGAAGUAGUUUUUGUAUGAAUUUUGUAAUUGUUUGUUCACAAUGGAGAACAAUUAAUAAAUUCUUUUGAGAAAUUUA